UGACGUUGUCAAUGUCAAUGUGUUGUCACAUUGACAUUGAGAGUGACAGCCAAUUUAAAACAAACCGUUUUUAUCUUGCUAUAAGGAGAAUAAUUAAUUAAUUAUUUAAAAUGAUGAACACAGAAAAUAAAGAAAACUGUUCACAAAACGAACAGUGUGUAAAUACGGAACUGGAUCUAAUAACUCAAUACAAGAGAGAAAUAUCGGAUUUUAAGCAAGAUAUUGAGCUUCUACAGUCGAGAAUCAACAUAGUUAAAUCUGAAACUUCACGAAAGUCUUUAAUUUACGAAAAAAUUCAAAAAGAAAAAGAGAAAAGCAAGCAAAUUGUCAAAGAUAUGUUACAAAAGCAGCAUCUCAUCAUUAAUAAUACGUUAACUUUAGAAGGCUCCCGUUCGGCAUUCAUAAAAAUGCUAGUUGAGCACCAAAACUUUAAAACAACCACUAACGAGCUAGGAAAUAAACUGGUCAAUAUACCAGAGAUUUUUAAACAAUAUCAAUCAAAUCAGCAAAGGAUUCACAAGCAAUUAGAUGAAACUUUAAACGAGUGUUGCAGGCUUAAUCAUACCGUUGAAGAUUUAAUAAAGCAGAAGAAUGCUGCUAUGAAUGUUGAUUUAGUAUCCGAAAAUGCCCAGGACAAAAGGGAAAUAGCCAAACUCGAAGGUGCCAUAAAAAGAAUUCAUUUAAAAUUGGGUUUUACCAAGAAAUCACUGGAGAGGAAACAAGAUGAGUAUAAAGCUCUGUCGGAGCUGCAUAAUGAGCUUCAAAGUGCAGAGAACUAGAUAGAAAUGUUAUUUUUAUUUAUUUAAUUUUUUGUGAUUUAAUAAUAAACCAAUUUUUUUUUAAA